AUGGCUGAGAAAGAGUCAACAUCACCACGCCUCAUGGUUCCCAUUCUUCUCCUGGUUGGAUGGAUUGUAGGCUGCAUCAUAGUGAUUUACCUUGUCUUCUUCUAGAGAAGCAAGAAGACUUCAAACUGACACCAUUUAGAAGAACAAAACAAAACAAAAAAAAGAACAAAGCGGA